AUGGAACAAAUACAACCGCUAACCCUAAAGACGUUAGAGGCUUUUCCUUUACCGAAGUAUUUGGAUUCGUUGCCAGUAUCAAUCAUUGAGCAAUUUAUCCAACUGCACAGUUUAGUACGGGGGUAUAUCAAGCAAUUACCAGCGUACCAGAAGUGGAAUGAAACAAUAAUAGAGACAUUAAACUGGCAAAUAACCAAUUUAAACGAAAUUAGUAGCAUAUUGAAGACAUAUAAUGGUACUGGUACGUUAAUAAAAGAGAAAAUGGCGAAAUUAAACUCGCUAUACAGCGAAUUUAUCAACUUGGAAACGUACCAAUAUCAAUUAUUAUCGUCUAACUUCAAUCAAGAAUUUUUAAAAAAUAAGUUUCACAAGGUAAUAGUUGAGAAUGACCAAGAAUCAAAGAAAUUGGUGAAAGAAUUCAAAGGAAGCAGUUCUGACGAUUUUGAAAACCUGUUUAAUAACUUAAUCAAAGAUUUUAGGUCGAGUCGAAAGACAUACCAUUUGCGGAAAGAAAAGCUAAAUAGAUGGAAUGAAGAGAGAGUUAGUGGUUUCAUAUGA